AUGGCGUACACGGAGAGUGCCCUGCCGGCGGCGCCCCUCGGCUCCCAGUGCUGUGUCUGCAAGGUGGAGCUCUCCAUCUGUGGCCAAAACCUCCUGGACAGAGAUGUCACCUCCAAAUCAGAUCCCUUCUGUGUCCUCUUCAUGGAAGUCGAUGGGAAGUGGCUGGAGCUGGACAGGACAGAGACAGCUGUGAACAACCUCAACCCAGCCUUUGCCAAGAAGUUCAUCAUCGACUACCACUUUGAGGAGGUGCAGAGGCUGAAGUUUGCCCUCUUUGACCAGGACAAGUCCAGCACUCAGCUCUAUGAGCAUGACUUCCUGGGGGAGUUCUCCUGCACCCUGGGCAUGAUUGUCUCCAGCAAGAGGAUAACCAGGAGCCUGCAGCUGGGCAACGGCAAGCCAGCGGGCAAGGGGCUGAUCACGAUAGCUGCCCAGGAGCUGUCAGACAACAGAGUGAUCACCCUGAGCAUGGCUGGCAGAAAGCUGGACAAGAAGGACCUCUUUGGGAAGUCAGACCCCUUCCUGGAGUUCUACAAGCCAGGGGAUGAUGGGAAGUGGAUGCUGGUGCACAGAACAGAGGUGAUCAAGAACACACUGGACCCCCUCUGGAAGCCUUUCACUGUGCCUUUGGUGUCCCUGUGUGAUGGGGAAGUGGAGAAGAUGAUCAAGGUGGUUUGCUAUGACUACGACAGUGAUGGGGGACAUGACUUCAUUGGGGAGUUCCAGACCUCGGUGGCCAGGAUGUGUGAAGCCCAAGAUGCCUUUCCACUGGAGCUGGAGUGCAUUAACCCCAAAAAGCAGAGGAAGAAGAGGAACUACAAGAACUCUGGGAUCAUCAUGGUCAAGUCCUGCAAGAUCACCAGAGACUUCUCCUUCCUGGACUACAUCCUGGGAGGCUGCCAGCUGAUGUUCACUGUUGGCAUUGACUUCACAGCCUCCAAUGGGAACCCUCGGGACCCAACCUCCCUGCACUACAUCAACCCCCUGGGCACCAACGAGUACCUGGCAGCCCUCUGGGCCGUGGGGCAGAUCAUCCAGGACUAUGACUCGGACAAGAUGUUCCCUGCUCUGGGAUUCGGUGCCCAGCUCCCACCAGACUGGAAGGUAUCCCAUGAGUUUGCCAUCAACUUCAACCCCACCAACCCAUUCUGUUCAGGUGUGGAGGGCAUUGUCCAAGCCUACUCAGCCUGCCUGCCCCACAUCCGCUUCUAUGGCCCCACCAACUUCUCGCCCAUCGUCAACCACGUGGCUCGCUUCGCCCAGCAGGCAGCCCAGCAGCAGGCUGCAGCUCAAUACUUCAUCCUGCUCAUCCUCACGGACGGGGUAAUCAGCGACAUGGAAGAGACGCGGCAGGCGGUGGUGCAAGCCUCCCGGCUGCCCAUGUCCAUCAUCAUCGUCGGGGUGGGCAACGCCGACUUCGCCGCCAUGGAGUUCCUGGACGGGGACAGCCGAGUGCUGCGCUCCCAGGCGGGGGAGGAGGCGCUCAGGGACAUCGUCCAGUUCGUGCCCUUCCGUGACUUCCGCAACGCUCCCAAGGAGACCCUGGCCAAGGCGGUGCUGGCAGAGCUGCCCCAGCAGGUCGUGCAGUACUUCAAGCACCACAACCUGCCCCCCAUCAACUCGGAGCCAGCCUAG